CCGAGAUCUCAGUGGAAAGUGGAAAACAGAAGACAGAAGAAACCAGCCAACGAAACGUCCUGCGGCAUCCCCCUCUCACAAUAUGCCACAACGAAGCUCCAUAAAAGUUGAGUCAAAUCUGAUCAUCAUUCAUUCAUCUAUCCCAAUCCUUCCCUAACAUUAGAACACGAUGAAGUCUCUGGUCCGCUCAUUUCCACUGCUCGGCGGUCGAAGGAAGCUCCACAAUAAAGUAGAGGAUCAUUCUGCAAAGGAUGUUGUGGAAGACACCACCACAACCUGCGAUGAUGCAUCGAACAGCAGCAUCACGAGCGAAAGGAAGAAUUAUCGGCGAAAGAAUAAGAAUAAGAACAAGUCUGUGACAGAACUGGACCCUCAAGCAAUGCUCCUGCUGCUGGAAACACAUGCUGGUCAACUCCAAGCGGAAGAGUGGCUCCAACAAAUCAAGAAUUCGUCGGCUCCCCGACAUUGUAUGCAUGCCGAAGACUACCCCGAGUGAAUGAUGGAUGGAUGGCUUGAACCCACGCCCAAGGCUGCCAAAUCAAACCAACAAAUUCGCGCUACUUUUAUUCUUCUUCCUCUCUGGAUCGAUCUUGUACACCCGAUACGAUACGAACGACAAGACUUUGUUCGGGACACAAAUCCACUUCCUUGCUUGUAGUUUUUCUUGGUUCACUUGGAUCCAAGAAAACUACAGUACUGUAUAGCCCAGAUCUGGACUAGCUAACUCGAAGGCACUAUGUUAAUAAUACUUAAUCCUACACACACUC